GAACAUAAUUAUACAGAAAUGAGACGAGUUUAAAAAUCAGCUUACAUGCAAUUUUGCAAUGCGAUAUUGUUGUCUAUUUAACUUCUAAGGACGUAGAGUGAUGAUAGACCUAGUUUUUCGAAAUCAGGUGGUUGAAUUUUACAUUGAAAUAGAUCUGUCAAUCUACAAUCAUUUUGUGAAGUCAAAAUGGAAUGAUCUGUGUGUGUAUCUUGCUAUAUCAAUCAAAAAGAUUUUAAAGAAGCUUAAAGGAAUUUGGAACUUAUGUCAGGCUUAAAUGAAUAAACAAGAAAAUGGAAGUAUCUGGUAGAAGACAAGACGACCAGUCACAUGCUAAAGAUGGAGAAGUAUUUUGUCAGCCGUGUAGUAGUGACGGUGACUGGUUGGUUGCCAAGGGAUACUGUACCAACUGUAACGAAUUCUUCUGUGCUGCCUGCUUAAAAUUUCAUCGUAAGCAGUCUGCGACCAGGAAUCACGUUAUCCUGGAAGGCAAAGUCAUGCCAAAGUCUCCUGCCCCUGUGGCAGAUGUAGAAUAUUGCUCUGACCUUUGUGCGAAACAUAACAAUGAAAUAGUAAAAUUCUACUGCAUCUCCCAUGAUACAGUAGGCUGUGGUGACUGCAUGGUCUUGGAACAUAAGGUUUGUAAAGUAGAACGGAUACAAGACAUAUCAAACACGUAUUUCAAUAGUCCCGAACACAGAGAACUAGUUGGAAAAGUACGACAAUUCCUUGAAAACAUAGAAGAUAUAAAGACGUGUAUACAAACCGCUGAGCAAGACAUCAGUACAACAUAUACCCAGGCUGUUGCAGAUAUUAAAACAUUUAGAAAAGAAGUGAACGAUUAUCUAAACAUAGUUGAAGCUGAGAUACUUGCUGAACUAAACAAGAGAAACGAGGAAGAUAGAAAGACAGUUUCUGGACUGGAAGAAAAUCGGCAGUAUUUGCAAAAUGAAAUAAGAGAACUGGAAGAAAAGCUAAAGAUGCAGUCCAAUAAGGCGAAUGAACUUUUUGUAGCAUCCAAGAAAAUGAAAGGCAGGAUAGCCUCGUUUGACAUAACAAUAAAGCAAAUGGUUAAAAAAGCGGACAUACAACAAUAUAGGUUUGAAAGGUCUCCUGGAUUAAAUUUAUCUGUUUGUUCUAAACUUCCCUUUGGAAAGCUGACAAGAAUUAACACACACUCCCGUAAGAAGAUAGAAGAUAUGAAACCAAGGUUCGAUAGUGAAAUCAAUAUAAAAGGACCUAGGGAUAAAUAUGACUGCUUCAUAAUUGCAUCUGAACUUAUUUCACCCAGUCGAAUAGUACUUGCUGACUACCAAAACAACUGUGUAAAACUAGUUGACAUUGACCAAGGGGAAUUAUUAGGGAGAUAUGAAUUGUGCGGUAAGCCGGAAGACAUAGCAUUAGUAAAUGAAAACCUGGUUGCUGUUACUCUUCCCAAUACACAGAAAAUACAGAUGUUGUAUUUCACAAAGAUGGGCAUGUUCAAAGAAAGUCAUGAUAUAAAAGUGAACGGCAAGGGUCGAAAGAUUGCUUGUCAAAAUGAUACCUUAAUCGUGGCUUAUUCUGUCAGUGUGGAAAUUAUGGACAACAAUGGAAAAGUAGUUAAAAGAAUAACUUAUUCAGACUUCAGUUGGAUCGUGAACCUAGCAUUUGCCCAUAAUUCAAAGACAUUCUAUGUCACUAACAGUGUGAGUAACGAUAAGCCCACAGCUGUAUAUAAAUUUGACUUUUGUGGCAAUGUGCUUGCAAUAUUCAAGGAUACGACACUUCUUGAUGUUAGAGGACUCACAUUGACCCCCGAUGACACAGUGCUUGUGUGUAACUGGGCUGACGACGGAAGUAUUUACGUGCUUUCAUCAGAGUGCAAGAAAAUAAAAGAAAUUCUACAGCACAAUGAACAUGUUAAAUGGUCAUACUGUGUUUCAUUCUGUGAGCAAACAAACAAACUGUUUCUGUGUAACUAUUCAGGUUUUCUUCAGCCUGAACAGACGAAUGUCGUAAAGCAAUUUCAAAUGAUGUAAACUAAAGAUUAGAAGUUGUAGCAGUAUACAUUUUCUGAAUAUAAAGAACAAGUAUCUAAUAAGAGUAAACAUCUAAACGUAAAUCGAAACCCUACAGCAACAUACUAUACAAAGUGCGUGACGUCACUACUUUCCCAGCAUGACGACGCUACCAUAGAGUGCACAAUACCUACAGUAUGUAUGGAUAUGUAAUUGAUUGACAUUUACAAAUACACAGAUAAAGUAAAACAUUAGACAACAAGGACUAAAGAAAUAAAUAAAAGAACACAGUGGAGUCCCGCUUUAAAGUCAGUGGCAAAAACAACAUUUUGUCAGUGUUGAAUUAAAAUUUUCUUGUUUUCCUCCAUUCUACAAAGUUUGAAAGAUUUUUCAGUUCCUACUUCAUAGGUAUGAAUGGAGUAAAAGUUUAUAACGUUGCCAUUCUUUGUUUUAUCCAACACUUUGGUAUAUAUGUUGGCUUUUCAUCAAAUUAUACUAAAAAUGUAGGCUAUAUAUGUCCUAGAUAUAUGCCUUAACUGAACUGUAAAUAAUUGACGAGGUAACUGUUUCUAACCUGAAAUGUAUCAGAACUACUAUGGUAAAGUGUAGAUACAUGCUUAAACUGUAUGACAAUAAAUUUCAUUACAAAUAUGUGAAAAACAGGCUGUGAUUAGAAUUAUACUUGCAAAAUGUUAAUUGUUGUUUUGGUAUUUAUUCUAUUUAAUAGUGGCUUUAUAUCUGACAAAGAUUUCCAUUUGCCAUUUUCCAUUUUGCCCAGUAAAAAAUUGAUGUGUUUUGUCAUAAAAGCUGUUCAUUUCCUUAUACAUAUAUAUAUAUAGGGUUAUCCUAGGAAGAGAUACAACCAUUCAAUGGAAUCAUAAUAGAACUACUUGAAUGACGCUAAUAUGUGCAAGAAAAAACUUUAGAAGGAUGAUCGAGAAAUUUGAACGUUUAAACUGUUUGAGCAUGGCACAAUGUUUUUUUCGUUUUAUUUACAUUAAAAUUUUGUAUUUUUUUUUUUUAAAUUUAAUUACGCAGCGCAGUGUACCUAAUAAACCUUAUGCUUUGCGAGUUUUAAAUUGUGAGACCAGUAACCAAAGGCAGAUUAUUCUCUGGAUGUAAUCAAAAUAUAAGAUUUUUUUUUAAACUGGGGUGUUGAUUUUAAGCCCUGAUCCUAAUUUUAGACAUGUCUGGAUAGUGGCAGGAUUGUUUGAAUGUUGAUACUUUAAUGUAGCAAUUUGAAUUUAAAAUUUAUGGAAAUUGAGUAUUAAUAAAUAAAUCAAAAUUCAUCUACGAGA